AUGGAAACCAAGCUAAAAGUCAGUGUGAGCCAGCUUGAGGAACGGAGAAAUAAAGAGAAGAUAAAGGUGCUCUUCUCCACUGUCCUGGGAGAGACUGGAAAAAUAGGGCCCUUCAGCCAAGAAACUCCCCUGACCUACAGCAAGGUCAUCACUAACAUUGGCAGAGCCUAUGGAGUGUUUACAGCCCCUGUAAGAAGGGUCUACUACUUCAGCUUCUUCUUUCAUGCUGGAGGAUCUGAAGCCUCCCACACAUCCCUAUUCAAGAAUGGAGAGUGUAUGGCUAUCACAUCUGAUCACAAGUCUAGUACUGAUACAGCAGAUAACAGGGGUAAUGCAGUCAGUCUACAGCUGGAGGUGGGAGAUCAGGUCUACAUACGCCUAAGGGCCAAUGCACACGUGUGAGCGGCAUAUAGCCUACUUUCACAGCAGUAUCCAGUUUCACACAUUUAUUGGUAGCACUGUCAUCUAAUUCAGGCCUACCUUCUAUGUUAAGUGAUAUCUUGUAGGUUUCUGAUGGGAUGUGUUGUUGUUAUAAUCUCAUACCAAAGACAUUCUUAUCACCAUUGUUGAAAAUAAAUAAAGUGUUUAUUAAUCUGAAUUCUGAUUUGUUUCAUUUAUUUUUUUUAUCCUGUGACCAUCUUCCAUAAAGAGAGGCUUCAGUGGCUUCAGCUUUGGAAGUAGCUCAAUCACAGAGGAGCAAAUCUUCUCAAAAUGUCCCCUUACCUUGAGGUACCUGCGAUAGACACGGAUGGCGGUCUCAGGCAGGGGCAGGUUCCGGGCAAAGCGGAGGUACAGGGGCCAGAUGCGAGGGUGCUGAGUGACGGGCAGGGCUCGGAGUGCUCGGUCAAACGUGCGUCUGCUCCUGGUGAUCUUACAUUGAGACACCAGGAACUGGCAGUAGUCCAGCCAUAUCCUCGGCAUCUAGGACAGCCAGGGGAAGAACAAGUUAUGUGGGAUACUGUUCCUACAAUCUCAGACCACAAAAUCUACUUCCAAGUGAAAAUACUCUCACACAUAAAUGCACUCUGUGAUAGUCUGUCUCUUAACAGUGGUACCCAGUGGCAAUGAUAUUCCCCAGAGUUUGUGGGAGUAUUUUAUCUUAAUAGGGGAUGGACGGACAACAGGAAAUGUAGGUUAAUAAGUAUUAGCCUACCUUGUGCAUGAAAACCAGUGCUCUUUCAUGGCAGUUGUUGAUCUCCUCGUAGGCUGGCUCCGUGAUGCACUUCCCUUUGACCUGUUUCCGUCUCUCUCUCAGAUAGUUGUACCAUAACUUGUAACUGCAAGGUCACGUAUGAACAAUCCGUGAACACACAGUCAUGACAUUUAGCAUUGCCUAAAAACCUAGCCCAGACACUGGUAUGCUAUUCAAUAACAACCAGUCUACGGUUUUCAAAUAAGCCUAGAUUAUGGGCCGGUUUCCCAGAGACUGAUUGACAAAGGUUUUUAGUCCAGGACUAGGUUUAAGAUUUGUCUAAACAUCAGACUGUUACCAUGGUUGCUCCAUGGAUAUCAGUCUGAAAUGUUGAAUACAAUGAUAUUUAAAGAUACUUUACUGGUCGUCCAUGCUGUUGGUUAUUUUGGCGGUAGGAAGUGGAGAUCGGGUAACCACAGGAAAGUGUUGUUUACCUGACUUUUUGCGGCGCCGGUAGGUUUUGGUGCUUGUAUUUUCCAUCUCUACGCAUUUCACGACUCACAAUAUGUCAACAAUAGCCGAAUGUAACCGAAUGUUGUCGACCAAAGCGCAUUCCCUCGCAAUCAGCUGGAAGCGCUUUUGAAAUUUGCCAGCUGUUUGCGUGGGACAACGUUUGGUCUGUGCGUCGGUUAAACUCGGCCAUUGUUGACAUAUUGUGUAAGUCUUGUGCAAAUUGUGUCAGCAUUGAAAAUACAAACCGACAUACAGACCAGCAUACUGAAAGUCGGGUUAAUAACACUCCUCUGUGGAUAUUUUGUCUCAGAUUACCUUCUACACUAGGACAAAAUCAGCAGACAACAGGUAAAGUACGUUCAAAUGAAGUUUAUUCAACAGUCUGACUUGUGAUGGGACUGUUCACAAAAAGUGAGCCUACAUGUUAGAGACUAGAGAGGAGUCUUCCACCGGCCCUAUAUGUGCAACAGUAACUGUCUGUGAACACGUUCCUGUCCCAGACCAAAAAAAUGUGUCUGGGACACUACAGUAUUUUCCAUGAACCUUUAGCAGUGUUUUCCUAUCCUGGCCCUGGGGACCCAGGGGGGUGUAUUUUUGGGCAAAAACAAAACUAUGCACGGCACCCCUUUGGUUCCCCAGGACCAUGAUUGGGAAACACUGCAUCUAGCUAGAUGUAGAAACGUUGCUUCUACCUGCCAGGUAGCUCUUUCAGAGCUCGUUCAUAGAUCAUGUUGAGGAUGGACUUGGCGCCGUUCUGUUUGAAUUCGAUGUAGCGCAUCCAGCACUUGACCGAGUACGGAUUCCUGAUGAUCUCCUCCUCAUAAGGCAGGUCAUCUUCCUCCUGAAAAAGCCCACCACCAACACAGCAAACGGUCAACAGGAGGCCUAA